UUGAAGGAAACAAGUAGGCAAAGUUGGAUGGUAGGGCGGAAGCUUGACAUGGCCAAAGCAUAUGACAGGGUGUCCUAGAUUUUUGUGGAGACCAUGAUGCGUACGAUGGGUUUUAGCGAAGCUUGGAUCCAACUCAUAAUGAUGUGUGUGAAAUCGGUUAGAUAUCGGGUUCUUGUCAAUGGAGCUCUCAGUGAAGUUAUCUCUCCGAUGUGAGGUCUAAGACAAAAGGAUCCAUUGAGUCCUUAUCUUUUUCUGAUAUGUGCGGAAGGACUUUCACUGUUACUUAAGAAGGCGGAGGCAGAAAGGAGGAUUCAUGGGGUUAGGGUGGCCAAUGUAGCCCCCUAUUUCACAUUUGUUUUUUCCAGAUGAUAGCCUACUCCUUUUUAAAGCAUCCAUGAAGCAAUGUUUGGAGGAAUAUGAGUUAGCCUCGGGACAACAAGUGAACUUCUGUAAGUCAACGGUCUGCUUUAGCCUUAAUACUUUCCAUGAAGUUAAAGAGGAAAUUAGCCGUUGGUGUUACUCCGGAAGAUGACUUUGGGAAUUAUUUAGGUCUUCCUUCAUGCAUUGGUAGAAAUAAAAACAUGGUCUUUUCUUUUAUUCUAGACAACAUCUGCCAUCGUACUUGUGGAUGAAUAAACGUUUACUCUCGAAAGCCGGAAAGGAGAUCUUACUAAAAACAGUGGCCCAAGCAAUGCAACAAUAUGCUAUGAGUGUGUUCCUCCUGCCCAUUGGGGCCUGAAUCAUAUAGUUUCUAUUCCGGGUUCUUAUCGAGAUUGGGCAGUCUCCUCUAUCAAAAUAGUAAGAGAAAGAGAAGGGUGGACGUUUUCUAGGAUCAUAAGGAACCGACCAAUCUCGUGCUUUGUGCAAUAGCUCUAGUUUGGAGACCCAAUUCUUUUGGUGGCAAAAUAGUGGCGAUGCUUCCUCUAAUAUUCAUUGGUUGUCGUGGAGGCGUUUGACAAGUCCAAAAAAGUUCGGUGGGCUUGGUUUUAAAGAUAUCCAUGACUUUAAUUUUGUCAUGUUGGGAAAGCAAGGGUGGAGAUUAUUAACAAAUCCGGGGUCAUUAACAGCUAAGAUUUUCAGGGCAAGAUACUUUCCGAAGACGUCUUUUUUUAGAGGCGAAGAUUGGCCCCAACCCAAGCUUUGUUUGGAGGAGUAUUUUGGAGGCCCAAACUCUCAUUAAAGAUGCAGGCAGAAAAAGAAUUAGGAAUGGGGGUGAGACCCUUGUUUGGAACCACACAUGGUUAUGUGAUGAAUCGAGCCUGUCUAUUUCUACUCCCUGACCAGAUUUUUGCCCUUAUUUUCCAGUCUCGCUCCUCAUUGAUCACUCCACUAACACUUGGAAAUUGGAUAUGUUGCAGCACUAGUUUUCUAAAGAUAAUAGAGCCCGGAUUCUUCAAGUCCCAAUGUCGUCAGCGCUUACGGACCAAUGGUACUGGGCAUUGCAUUCGUCUAUGGAUUACACUGUUAAAAGUGCAUACCAGAAGCUUACUGGGGAGGCAUCAGACAUGUCCAUUUUUGACCAUUAUAGCAGGUUAUGGAAGCUGAAUGUGGCUCCUAAAAUAAAGGUUUGUUUUUGGAGGGCUUUUCAUGAUAUAUUACUGGUUGCAUGUUUGCUGGAGAGUAAAGGAAUACAAUUAGAUACUCUGUGUCGUAGCUGUGGUUCUGCUGAGGAGAGUGUUACUCAUGUUUUCAUGGCCUGCCCGGUCGCGCAGAGACUGUGGCGGGUGCUGGGAGUCAAGGUUGUGAAUAAUCAUGGCUAUUGUUUUGAUUCGCUACUGCAUUGGACAUAUUUUAACUUUUGCAGUAGGACCGGAAGGGAAAUGGACUGCGUGGAGGCGGGGAUCUUGGCACUAUGCAAGGCGAGGAACAUGGCCAAUUGGGAGAGUAAGCUGCCAACCGUGAGUAUCAUCAAGGCUUGGACCAGAGAGGUUUUGGCCUCAACGCCAUCAAACUGUUCGGGGUUUAAGGCACCUGUGGCGGAGUCUAGAAUCAGUGGCAUUACGUGCUCGGUGGAUGCAACGGUGUUCGAGAAUGUUCGGCGGGUGGGAGUCGCUGCAAUCCUUCGAGGUGAAGAUAACUCUUUUAUUGGAGCUUUCAACUCUUGCAUUAACUGUCCUUUAUAGCCACGAAUUGCGGAAACCAUGAUGAUUAAAGAGGCUCUGUCUUGGAUUUAUGAGCAUGGCUUCUCGGAGAUGUAUGUUGAUUCCUCACAAGAUGAUCAUGACGGUUUUGGUGAAAAUGUUACUUUUUAAAGUAAUAUUGUUGCAUGGAGUGGUAAGUGAAUGUGACCGGUAAAUAUAUUGCAAGUGUUAUG